CUUAACAACAUGGGUUUUCAUGGAGUGGGCGUGGGAAGCAACUUCAUCACACUUUUCUGACCUCUUGAGCUCUGCAACUGGCUAUCAGGAGGAACUGCUGAACUCCAGCCCUCUUUAGAGGGUUUCCUAGUCAUUUUCCAUUGACUGGACUGGACUGCAAGCAUGCCGAUCUUAAAGAAAGAGGCGGCAGGAGACCAAAGCAGCCAAGUGUUGCCAAAGGUACCCGUGCCUCCAUUGAAGCAAACCCUCGAAACUUACUUGAAGUGCGUCCAGCAUCUGGUGAAGGAAGAACAGUUUAGGAAGACUAAGGCCAUUGUUGAGAAGUUUGGGGCUCCUGGGGGUGUCGGAGAGGUUCUACAGAAGAAGCUGAUGGAGCGGAGGGACAAGACAACCAACUGGGUCUAUGACUACUGGCUUGAGGACAUGUACCUGAACAAUAGGUUGGCCUUACCAGUCAACUCCAGCCCUGCCAUGGUGUUCCCAAAGCAGGCAUUCUCAAAUUAUAAAGAUGCCCUCAGAUUUGCUGCCCGUCUCAUCCAAGGAGUGCUGGAGUAUAAGGCUCUCAUUGAUGCGCACGCACUGCCAGUGGAUUUCGCUCGAGGCCAGCUAGCUGGGACUCCUCUGUGCAUGGAGCAGUAUUACCGCCUCUUUACCUCCUACCGCUACCCAGGGUUAAAGACAGACAUGCUGAAAGUCCACAUGAAUGCAGUCUCCUCAGCACCAGAACACAUAAUUGUGGCAUGCAAGAACCAGUUUUUCGUAUUGGAUAUAGUUGCAAACAGCAAGCAGCUCAAUGAGGUGGAGAUAUUCCACCAGCUGGAGAAGAUCAUGACAAUGUCAGAAAACGCUGAAGAGAGACUCCCUCCUUUUGGGAUCCUGACAUCAGAUGGCAGAACAGAAUGGACUCAAGCAAGAGAAGCAUUAACAAAAGAACAAAUCAACCGGGAUUCUUUGGCCCUGAUUGAGAGCUGUGUAUGUGUGGUGUGUUUGGAUGAACCCUGUGGUCUCCAGCCCAGUGAUACCAAUAGGGCUUUGAUGAUGUUACAUGGUGGAGGACAUGAGAAAAAUGGUGCAAACCGCUGGUAUGACAAGUCAAUGCAGUUUGUUGUAGGAAUGGAUGGGAUAUGUGGGGUGGUAUGUGAUCAUUCGCCAUUUGAGGGAAUAGUUCUGGUGCAGUGCUCUGAAUACUUGAUGAAAUAUAUAACAGGAAGUCCCUCCAAGAUAGUUAAGUCUGCAAAGGUGAGAGAGCUUCCCCCUCCAAGAAGGUUGCUCUGGAAAUACAACCCCCACAUCCAAGGACUCUUAAAAGCAUCUGGAGAAAGACUCCAAAGGCUGGUGAAUAAUCUUGACAUGGAUGUACUCAAAUUUGAAACUUAUGGGAAAGAAUUUAUCAAAAAGCAGAAGAUGAGUCCAGACGCAUUUAUACAAGUUGCCUUGCAACUUGCAUUUUACAAAUGCAGGGGAAGGCUUGUGUCCACGUAUGAGAGUGCAUCAAUUCGCCGUUUCCAAGACGGUCGGGUUGAUAACAUUCGUUCAGCCACUCCUGAGGCCCUGGCUUUUGUGAAGUCCAUGACUGAUGAGAGAACAACUUUCAGUGAUUCAGAGAAAAUGAAAAGGCUAAGGGAUGCAAUUAAUGCCCAAACAAAUUACACAGUUGCAGCUAUUACAGGAAUGGCAAUAGACAAUCACCUCCUUGGGCUUCUGAAGACUGCAAAGGAGCUCAACAUGGAGAAGCCAGAGAUCUUCUGUGAUGAGACAUAUCUGGCCAGUAAUCAUUUCAUCCUUUCCACCAGUCAGGUUCCUACGACAGUGGAAAUGUUCUGCUGCUACGGCCCAGUGGUGCCCAACGGCUACGGUGCCUGUUACAACCCACAGUCAGACCACAUCAUCUUCUGUGUGUCGAGUUUCUGGGAGAACACCGAAACAAGCUCAGCCGUUUUUGUUAAAGCCCUGAAUGAGGGUCUGCUGGAAAUCAGGGACCUGUGCAAUAGAACUGGUACUACGGCAGCCAAACUGGCUGACAGUAGCCAGAGAGCUGGUCAGCCUCAUAAAUCGGGGAAGUAAGCCAUACUGAGAGAGCAUGCUCACUCACCUCUUACACUCAAUACUUUUAGAUUUAGACUGUAGUUGAGAUGCCUUCACGUAUUAUUUGUGCAAUAGUAUUCCUUUGACAGUGAAAUGCAAAGCCUUAAAAUACAUGUGUAACUAUAUAUAUUGUGUAUAUAUAUAAUAUAUUAAUAAAAAAAAUAGAUUAAACUGGGGUUCUUUUGGAUCAGUGUGGACAACAGAAUGAUUUUGGGUCCAUCAUUGACCCUGGUAGACUGACAUUAACUAGUCUGCUGCCUUUAGGAAACUGAAGCCAUGUCCUCUUUGUAGCACUGAUCUGAGGAUAAAUUCCUCUGAGAGAAUGAUUCAAAUGAGUGAUCCUAACAUAUACAUAGAGUAGUUACAUGUUAUUCAUUAAAGGAAGACAUAUAUCAGCAAUUUAUAGCAAUCAUGACCCCUUGUAAAUGUGACUAAGCAACCUCAUUAGUGCCAGUUUGUCAACACUGUGAGAUCCAAUAAAAUGUGCUGAAUUGUAUUUAGUAUUUUAUGUAAAGUGUGAGUUUGCCAAAGAGGUUGUGCAUAUGUGAAGUCUGUUUGUUGAAGCACUUUAGAAUAUCUAUAACUGUUAAAAUAGACAACUGGUUUUAAAUAAUGUGUGUAAAGAGAAAAGUGAGUCAUGUGGUAUAAUGGUUUCACUGGCACAUUUAAAGUUGUCUUGUUUGAUGGAUAAUAUAUUACAGUAAUAGGUAGUACUUGUAUAUUGUUGUGAACAUUGCUACUUUAUAAGUGAGAUGCAGUCCAGAAGUGACUGAGGCAUUAUAUUCUGUUUACGUGUAUGUACAAAGAGUCAUUAUUUAAAUUUAGAGGUAGAAUAAAAGGUAUUCAUUAGUGCUCUAUGUGCAAUAACACAACACCAAGUGCAGUGAGGGUUUAUGUGCAAUUAAUCCCAUCAGAUCAUUAAAUGCAUGGAGCUUAUUUAAAGUCAGUUUAUCUAUAGUUGCUAUUUUUGAUAUUCACACAUAUGGGAUACGGCAAUGAGUAACAGCAACAGUGGUUGUUUUGAUCAAAAUGUUUAUUCAAAGAGUGCUGUGGCUGAAAAUCUCUAUACAAAUGUAUAUUGUGGGUCUUGUUUAAUCUGUGAUGGCUCAUAAGUCUAAAUAAGUGUUUAUUUGUUGUUAAAAUGUGAGGAUGUUUGUAAUCUGUGUGGCACAUGUUGUGUAUCUAUCUGCCAAAGUGAAUGUGAACUAUAGAUAAUUUCAAAAUUUAUAUCACAUAAAGAUUAAAAGUGACACAUGUGCAUGUUUAUUCUGAAAUAAUAGCUGUAUUUUUAUAUUUUAGUGUGACAGUAUUGUGUGACAGCAAAAUCCUGGUAAAGAAGAUACAAAAUGCCUUAAAGUACUACAAACUGUUUGUCGUCUUUGUCAAAUGUAAUCAGUGUUGUAUCUCUAGUGUUGAUUUGAUGUGUUUUUACUUGGUAUUUGCUGUCUAUUAAGUGAACCGUACCAGAAUUCAUUUCUUGCUUAAUGAAAAAAAUAUGACUGAUAAUCAGGCCACUUAACUGUAUUGAAAGGGCCUGAUUAAGUAUUUCAAAAUAUAUCUGUGAAAUGAUAAUGUGUGAUACUACUGAAAAACAGAAUAUAGUUUUAUUGAAGAAUUUAAUUAACUGUAGUGAAGUGAAAAGUCAUGUAUUUUUUUAUUUUGAAAAUACAUAUUUUAAGCUAAAGUAUUAUUUUACUGAUGUAAGCUGAAAUCACUAAUAUGAACUGUAAUAAAAAAUAGUCACAUGACACAUGUGAAAAGGCAAUCUAUAAAUAAAAUGAAUGCAAUACCA